AUGGGACAAAGGCUGGCACCCACUCUCGCCAUUGUUUUCAUGGCCAAGACCGAAAAGCCUAUAAUAGACCGAAAACCACUGCUGUAUUAUCGUUACAUAGACGAUUGCUGCGUCAUCUGCUCAACACAAGCAGAACUAGACACGUGCUUCAAUCUUCUCAAUCAGCAGUGUCCGCACAUUAAGUUCGCAAGGGAGAGACCUAUAGACAACUGGUUGGCUUUCUUGAAUGUGCACAUUUACUUGCGGAAUGAAAUGUAA